GUGACCACUUAACAACAAACAAUGAAUAAUGCUUAAUUUUUACGUAACAGCAUUGACUUUGUACAUAUAGAAAAUAUCAUCAUAACCACGACUUUGUACAUAUGUUAUGUGAGAGAAACAAAAAAAGCUUAGAGAGAGAGAGAGGCAGAGAGAGAUGAGGGGAUGGCUGAACUUGAAUGGUACAAGCAAAUUACUACCAUUUGUGGGAAUGAUUAUAUCUGUUUUAGCUCAAAGUGGAAGCAUGGUGGUAAUUAAAUUUGCAAUGAAAGAUGGAAUGAAUAAAUAUGUAAUGGUUGUUUAUUCCAUGGGACUUUCAAGCAUCUUGCUUCUUCCCUUAGCUUUGUUUAUCAACAGGUCACAACGUCCUCCCUUAACUUUCUCUGCACUUUGGAGCUUCUUUUUGCUUGCUCUCAUAGGCUCUUCAGCACAGAUAAUGACUUAUGGUGGCAUAGAACUGAGUUCACCUACUCUUGCAUCUGCAAUGCUUAACCUCAUUCCAGCUUUCACUUUUGUACUUGCACUGAUUUUCAGGAUGGAAAGAAUAUAUUGGAGGCACUUUAGCAGUCAAGCCAAAGCAAUAGGAACUAUAGUAUCAAUGGCUGGAGCAUUUGUUGUCAUAUUAUACAAGGGUCCACCAAUCUUGAAGAUACAUUCAUCAAUUUCUUACAACACACUUCAAUUUUCACCAAAUCUGAAUUGGAUUUUGGGAGGGUUUUUAUGUGCUGGAGAUUCUUUACUUUCCUCAAUGUGGUACAUAUAUCAGGUUUCAGUAACAAAGAAAUACCCUGCUGUAAUAGUCAUAGUGUUCUUCCAAGUAGUUUUUAUCACAAUUCAAACGGGAGUAUAUGCCUUAAUUGUGGUUAGAGACCCAAGUGCAUGGGAACUAAAGCUUGAUAUGGGGUUGAUUGUCAUUUUAUACCAGGCAGUAGCUGCAAUAGGGAUUCGAUACUUCCUACAAACAUGGUCCGUGCAAAGAGCUGGUCCUCUGUUUUGUGCUAUGUUUAAGCCGAUCGGAAUCAUCUUCACCGUUUUCUUGGGUUCAAUUUUUCUCGGAGAUGACUUUUAUCUUGGAAGUUUGAUUGGCGCGGUUAUAAUCGUGGUAGGGUUUUAUGCCGUGCAAUGGGGCAAAGCUUCAGAAGAAAAAGUUGAGAAAGGGAUUGAAAACUUGGAGACACAGUCCAAUGUUGUUCCAUUGUUACAAAACAAAGUAUAAUGUUAAUAACACACUUUCUAACUCAAACUUUUAAUUACAUUUUUUCGUAUUAUUUCUAUUUUUUAAUCCCUAA